AUGCCUGACCGUCGCGGUGCGGAGGCGCAUGCUCCUGAAGUCAAACGCAGAUGCGCGCGCCUAACCAAUAGUGCGACGAGUAGGAAGGCGCCCGUCCCAUAUGUACGUGUUUGCCACAUAUAUCCGUUCAUCAGUUUCUAUCUAUCUAUCUAUCUAUCUAUCUAUCUAUCUAUCUAUCGCAGACAGGUCCAUAUCUAUCUAUCUAUCUAUCUAUCUAUCUAUCUAUCUAUCUAUCUAUCUAUCGCAGACAGGUCCAUAUCUAUCUAUCUAUCUAUCUAUCUAUCUAUCUAUCUAUCUAUCUAUCUAUCUAUCUAUCGAAUCUAUCAUCUUCAUCAUCCAUAUCUAUCUAUCUAUUCAUCUAUCUAUCUAUCUAUCUAUCUAUCUAUCUAUCUAUCUAUCUAUCUAAACAGGUUCAUCUAUCUAUCUAUCUAUCUAUCUAUCUAUCUAUCUAUCUAUGACAGGUCCAUAUCUAUCUAUCUAUCUAUCUAUCUAUCUAUCUAUCUAUCUAUCUAUCUAUCUAUCUCAGACAAGUCCAUAUCUAUCUAUCUAUCUAUCUAUCUAUCUAUCUAUCUAUCUAUCGCAGUCAGGCUUCCGAUUUCUUUCUUUUUUUCUUUCUUUCUUUCUACUAGUCUGACCCUUUCCAUACUUUUUCACCAUCCAUCUAUCAUUCGAUCAUAUUUCUAUCUAUCUAUCGCAUCUAUCAUCUAUCUAUCUAUCUAUCUAAAAGAGCAUCUAUUUCUGAGUCUAUUCCCAUAUGUACGUGUUCCAUCCAUCAUAUAUCCAGACAGGUUCAUCAGUUUCUAUCUAUCUAUCUAUCUAUCUAUCUAUCUAUCUAUCUAUCUCAUCAGUCCAUAUCUAUCGCAUUCAUCUAUCAGGUCCAUAUCUAUCUAUCUAUCUAUCUAUCUAUCUAUCUAUCUAUCUAUCUAUCUAUCGCAGACAGGUUCAUCAUUCUAUCCAUCAGGUCCAUCUAUCUAUCUAUCUAUCUAUCUAUCUAUCGCAGACAGGUCCAUAUCUAUCUAUCUAUCUAUCUAUCUAUCUAUCUAUCUAUCUAUCGCAGAUCAGGUUCAUCCAUCUAUCUAUCUAUCUAUCCAUAUCUAUCUAUCUCUAUCAUCUAUCUUCAUCUAUCUAUCUAUCUAUCUCAGACAGGUCCAUAUCUAUCUAUCUAUCUAUCUAUCUAUCUAUCUAUCAUCUAUCUAUCUAUCAUCUAUCUAUCUAUCUAUCUAUCUAUCGCAGAUUGGCCCAUAUCUUUUGUGUAAUGAUGCAAUUUAA